ACAAGGAGAAGCCCAGUAACACCACUUUGUUGUAGAAUGCCAGUUUUCAAGGGGAUUGGAAAUUGUCCUGCAGGGUUAGUGGGGCCAGGCCCUGUGGGCAAAGGGCUAGUUUGAGCCAGUGGUUGAGAACAGUCAUCCAAACUUUGGCCUCAACUUUUAUCAUACCAGUUUCCAAACGUAGAGUGGCAGUGGAGACACAGCAAGGUACUUGUAAGGCCGCUCUUAAGAAUUGAGAUUGGACAUGCUCCAGUGCAGCAAGAUUGGAGGAGGAUCCUGGGUGGGCUCCAUAUAGUAAUUGUGCCAGCGGCUUGGUGGCCUCAUAUAGUUUUAGCACUGCAGGUACGUAAUGGCCAGCUCCAGUCCAAAGGAACCUCAAGAUGGCAGCAGAGCUCCUCUGUGCCGUUAGAACAACGUGGUCACAGUGGGCCUUUCUUGAGCCAGAGGCAUGGAGGACCACCCCCAGGACUGGAUUCUCUCCAUCUCUAACUGCUUUUAUAGAAUGAUGAUCCAUCAUCCACAGUAGGCAGCUAAUUGACAAUCCCGAAGUUCCCUGUAAAGAGAAUUUUGUAACAUGACCUCUGCAAUUGAGGAAAAAGAGCUCCAGGAAAGACUGAGAGAAGCGUCUGCUUUGGGGGAUAUUGAAGAAGUUCAGCGAUUGGUGGAAUUCGGAGUGAGUGUUAACUCUCAAAACGAGAUAAACGGCUGGACUUGCUUGCAUUGGGCCUGCAAACGGAACCAUGCUCAAGUGGUCUCAUUCCUGCUGGAUGCUGGCGCUGAUAAGGACAUCCUCACAGUUAAAGAAGAAAGACCAGUCCAGUUAACGUCAAAGAGGGAAAUUAGGAAGAUGCUGGGAGUGGAAGAUGCUGAUGAACUUCUGGAUGAGAAGAAAGAUUCUGCCUUGCCCAUUAUCCCCAAUUACUUGGCUAACCCACCUUUCCCUUAUGUUUAUAACUCCAUGAGUAGCAGCACUACCAGCACCUCAGCUUCCUCUUUGAAUGGAAGACUUUCCCCUUCUUUAGAACAGCACAAUGAGGACAGCACUGUCUCCUUAUCUCAAGUUCAAGCGGCUGGUACUGCUAUGAUACAACAUGACAUACCUUCUCCUGUAGGUUCUGAUGGGAACAUGAGGAGGGCAAGCACUGUGGAAUGCCCAGAGCCUGUAGUCCAGAAUGGUCACAGUGGUCAGAUGCCUGUUCCUCCAAGUAGGAUUCUUUCUUCCCCAGCUGCAUCUAAACAGCCUGAAACUCAGCAACAGAAUGGCUCUUCUGCAGGACCUGUUGCAACAUUUCAACCCUUUUUCUUCACUGGAGCAUUUCCCUUCAGUAAUAUGCAAGAACUGGUGCUUAAAGUCAGAGUUCAAAACCGUACUCUUAAAGAGAACGACUUCAUUGAAAUUGAACUGGACCGACAGGAACUGACUUACAAAGAACUGCUCAGAGUGAGCUGCUGUGAGCUGGGGGUUAAUCCAGAGCAUGUGGAGAAAAUAAGAAAGCUUCCAAAUACAGUAUUAAGGAAGGACAAAGAUGUCGCAAGGCUUCAAGACUUCCAAGAACUGGAGCUGGUUCUAAUGAUAAGUGAUAAUGACUUUCUGUUUAGGAAUGCUGCACCAACGUUGACUGAAAGGCCUUGUUAUAAUAAGAAAGCAUCAAAGCUGACUUACUAACUGUUCGAAAGAAAUGCCUGUCACUAGUAUUUAACAGUUAAACCUAGAAUUUUUAUAAGGGCUAAUAUCCUCAAAUUCUACUUUACCUUGGAAGACAGAGUUAACCUGUUACGCAUACUUACUUGGAAGCAAGUUCAUCUGCAAACAAUUCAACUUGUUUUGAGGUAAAUGUGUUGAAGAAGGGGGUGUCACAUGUAGUACCUGCAGUUAAUCUUUGCGUAAGCUGCCAGUAAAUCAUUUCUUGGAUAGGAUAACUAAGAUAACCAAGCAGUGAUAGAAUACUGUCUCUCCCUGCAGCCGUGUGUCUUGUAAGGAAGUUAACCCCCCCUUAGAAUACUGCAGAGUUAGCAGCGCUCAGGGAAAGGCUUAAAUUGUCCGAACUGCUACUUAGGGAGCAGGAGCACUUACUACUGGAGGACAACACACAGAAUGCAUUUAAUGCUUGUAAUUGGAUACUUAGCGUGUAAGAGACUCCUAGUAUAUCUAACUAGAGUUACACAUGUAACUUGAAAGGAAAAUAAGCUACAUUUAGUGGGAAAGAGGAAGGAGAAAUCAGGGUUCUCAAACAAUAGUUAACACUAGCAUAGUGUAUCAAAUGUCUGCGCUGUGGAUAAGUUAUGCUGAUAUAGCAUCCUUUGGGGGAACAGCAUGUUAUCAAUGUGCAAGAUGGAAAUAUCUUGUCAUCUGUGAAUGUCAAGAGGGACUGCCAUAAGUGUCAGAGGGCCAAGAGGGAAGCUUAUCAUAGCUAUCCCCACUGCUACUGUUGGGAGAAGCCACUGGUCAGCUUCCAAAAUGGGGAGAGGGCUAUACACUACAGGGAUGGCAAGAAGAAACUCUUCCCUCCCACCCACCUCUCCUCACCCCUCAGUGGUACGAUGUGUCAUGACAUGCUGGCAGCACCAGCUCAAUCUGCCCAGUCCUUUUAGGCAAUAAAGAGGGGAAAGGGGGAAUCCCACCGUGACUACAAAACAAAAAAUGCAAAUAAUAACCAUACACUGAAAAUAUAAAUAAA